GGAGCAAACAAGCAGGAGGCAGAAACUUCCACUAGUAAGACAUUUUUAAUUCGCUGCUGGAUCUUAUAAUUAUUAAGAAGCAAGUCGAGAGGUGUUCUGCAAUGAAGUCAGCGCUGGGCAGUGAAGGCUAUGCUGUGAGAUCCACGCCGAGUCCUCAAGUUACAGAGCAGGUCCAUGUUAAUGAAACAGCUCAACCCCUGGCUUUCACAUUUAUACCAUCUGUUCGAAGACUUCCUGUUCACAUUCAGGUCAUCAAUACCACCAGAUCCUCACCUUGUCCUAGAAAGCAACAAAAAGCAUCCUCAAUAAUGAAUGAGACUUUGCAUAUCACUGAAGAACUGCCCUCAGCUGAUGUUACGAUAACAGAUACCAUUGAUAGAAGAACUCCUGUGCAACAGGCGGAGAUAAGCCAAAGCUGGUCGAAUAAGGGAGGGGAUGUUCCUGCUGAAGAAUCUGGAUCGUUAGAAGGGAUUUUCAAAGCUGAACUUGUAUUCUUAGCAGAUUCAUAUGGAACUGAUAGGGAUUGUUACUCAGGAGAAAAUGAAGCAGAAGUCGAUCUUUCAACAAAAAAAUUACCUUUGUCAAGUCUGUCUCCAAAUUCAUUUGUUGAUGACAAGAAUGGCUCUAUUCAAAAAGAGCUAGAAGUAUAUGAAUCAAAGUCCCCUAUGUUACAAGAUGCUGAGCAGAAAAUGAACAGGGCUCUUCAAGAGCCAUUCUUUCAGGCAAGAUAA